GCAACAUUAGCGGCCUUGAGUGAGGUGGUCAAAGAAAAAUAAAAAAAUAAUUAGGAAAAGAAAUGGCAGUUACUAGAGAGAAAGAAAAUUGUUCAAGAAAAAUUAAUGGAAAUAUACCUGCGUUAUCCCUCAAUAGUGAUAAUAUGUCGACAUCCACCGAUAGCGACGAUGUAGCGGAUCCAACUUAUGAAAUUAGGAACAUUCAAAGUAUUAUAAACGUGACUCGUGAAAACAUUGACGCUCUAAAUGCUAAAUUCGCUGGUUUCCAGCACCCCCCUUCCUUAUAUUUAUCUGAAUAUCAGGAGUUAACAUCCAAAUUGCAUAAUUUAGAGCUUAGGGAGCGGACUCUGCGUGAAUUAUUGCAAGAGGAAUCGCCGGAUAGGAGUGAAGAGUGUUCCUUGGUAGAUGAUUCGAAGAAGUAUGAUACUCUUACGCGGCAGCCGAGGGUGUUCUUGCGGGCUCACCUUCCUAACCAGCAGCGCACGAGCGUGCAGGUUAAGGAAGGGGUCACGUUACGUGAUGCGCUGUCGAAGGCGCUCAAAUUGAGGAAUUUAACGUGUGAAAUGUGUGAAGUGGUGCGGACCGGGUAUAAUCAAGUGAUUCCGUGGGAUGUGGACAUUACGUUAAUCGACGCUAUAGAGGUGACGGUACGGACACUGGACAAGCUACCGAUCAUGUCCCACAUAUCGCACCAAUUCACGCGCAAGACGUUCUUCACGCUCGCGUUCUGCGAGUGCUGUCGCCGGCUGCUCUUCAACGGGUUUUACUGCUCGCAGUGUAACUUCAAGUUCCAUCAGCGGUGUGCGGAUAAAGUACCUAGUAUUUGUCAUCAGGUGCGAAUGACGGACACGUACUAUGCGGCGCUGCUGGCACAGAACCCUGAAACGCAGGCCGGCAUCCUCCACUUCCCGCCGCACUUCGGCUACCACCACAUGAUCAACAGGGGCAAUCAGGACAAGCAACAGCACCCAAGAUCUCUAAACCAGCAAGACCGGUCGAAUUCGGCUCCGAACGUUUGCAUUAACAUGGUCCAAAGGCCAAUGACGCUGGCCGAGCACCAGAGGAAAUAUAAUAACCAGAACACGAACUCGCCCCAAUCAUCGAACCACCUGAGCAGCGGCGGCGCGGGCGCGGACGCGGGCCAGCUCAGCCACAGCACGCAGACGUCGCCGACGGGGUCGCUGCGUCCGCGCCGCGCGCGCGCGCGCUCCGCCGACGAGUCCUGGAAGAAUGCGCUCUCGCCCCGCGAGAGCUACGACGACUGGGUCAUACACGCGGACGAGAUCCUCAUCGGCGCCAGGAUUGGAUCCGGCAGUUUCGGAACAGUGUACAAGGCCCAUUGGCACGGACCUGUCGCAGUCAAAACCCUCAACGUCAAAACGCCGACGCCUGCGCAGUUGCAGGCUUUCAAGAAUGAGGUGGCAGUAUUACGCAAGACGCGGCAUUGCAACAUCCUCCUGUUCAUGGGCUGCGUCUCCAAACCUUCGCUGGCCAUAGUCACUCAGUGGUGCGAAGGCUCCUCACUAUACCAGCACCUUCAUGUGUUGGAGACUCCGUUCCCGAUGCUAUAUCUCAUUGACGUGGCCAGACAAACGGCUCAAGGAAUGGAUUAUCUACACGCGAAGAAUAUUAUUCACAGGGACCUGAAGUCGAACAAUAUAUUCUUGCGGGACGACUGGUCGGUGAAGAUCGGCGAUUUCGGCCUCGCGACCGCCAAGGUUCGGUGGUCAGAAACGAAUUCACUGGGAGGCGUGCAGUGGCAGCAGCCGACGGGGUCGAUCCUGUGGAUGGCGCCGGAGGUGAUCCGCAUGGAGGAGCCGCUGCCGUACACCUUCCGCUCCGACGUGUACGCGUACGGCAUCGUCCUCUACGAGCUCAUGGCCGCGGAGCUGCCUUACGCGCAUCUCAACAACAAGGACCAGAUCCUAUGGUCGGUGGGCCGCGGUCUCCUGCGUCCGGACGCCCGUCGUCUCCGGGCGGACGCGCCGCAAGCGCUCAAGAGAUUGUUCGAGGACUGCAUCAAGUUCGUUCGCGAACAACGACCCUUGUUUAGACAAAUAUUGGCUUCGCUCGAGUGUAUGCUGAGGGCGAUGCCGAAGAUCACUAGAAGCGCUUCGGAGCCUAAUAUGAACAGGCAACUUCACGCAUCCGACGACUACCUGAGCUACAGCUGCGCGUCUCCGAAGACGCCAGUCAAUUUCCAGUUUAAUACUGACACUAGUUUCCCUGCUUUUUAUGGCAUCCCGGUGCCCACACAGCGCCACCCCUAGUUCCCGCCGGGGCUCCCGCACAGUCCCUACUGCGGCCCCGUCCGCUAUCUGCUAAACCUGCCGACCAUCUCAGAAGAAACGCUAACAGAAGACACCGCUCCAUUGUGAAAAGUUUACAAAUAGUGAACUGUGCUGAAAACUUUUUUUUUAAUACAGUACUUAUAGUGUGGUGCAAUAUGUGAAAUCUCAAGAGUAUAAAGUGAGAGAUGUGAACCUUUAUGGCCUAUUGCAACAUUUUCUGAUAAUGUUGUUAUCUGACAGAUAAACUAUCCUGAUUGACCAGUUAGGAAUAUCCAAUACUUGUGAAAGACAUUUUUUGAUUGUUAAAUGCUACAUGUUUAAUUGAAAGUUUGAAAUUUAGGUUAGCCGAUUACCAUGCCAAGUGGAGUCGAAAAGGUACGAAAGCGGACCCUGGGCUCCGACGCUCAAUCGCUGAGGAAGAAACCGGGAAACGCUUAUAUGAGAGUUUAAUUAAAAUUUUACAAAUUCAAUAAGUUUGUUAAAAGCUAAGACAAUAUAGCUCCUGCAGCUUGUUGUUAGCAGAAUAUCAUAAAGAAUCGAGACAAGACACGCCACCAGUGGCUUUAAAGGCGAAUAUACAGGAAUUAAACAAAUGUUAAAAGUAAUUAACAUAGUGCUCUUACAAAAAUAAUUGUUAUUUGGAAAUUCAUGCUAGCAAUACAAGUUUUAGGUUUAAGGUUCAGGUAAAUGCCGAAUUCAGUUUAGUAUUGAUUUUUCGAAUGUGUGUGAGAACUUUGCGCCUUUUCACAUGAGCCGGACAAAAAAUAAAACAGGUUUUUGACAAUGGCAAAGAUAAUAUUUUUGCCUACUAAAAAUUUAUGACUUUCUCCUGGCAACCCUUUACUUUAUGGACUUGUACACUGAAGGUUCAGUAAAAUUCCCUUAGUAUACAUAUUGAAUACAGACUAGUAAAUUAAUUAUAAGUAUACUCGAAUAUUUUCCUAAAAUUGACCCCAAAUAUAGUGUAUGCUUUUUACUCUUUCUCGCAAAUUCCACUGGACAGAUUUUAUGAAAUUUGGUACAAAGGUAGAACAUAACCUGGAAUAACACAGGGUACUUUUUCUCCCGAAAUUCCCACGAAGCCCCGGGGCGCAGUUAGUUUCCUAUAAGAGUUUUAUAUAUGAUGUACAGAACUUUAAAAGGUGAUAUGAGUUGGCCGUGUGAAAGGGGGCUUAGGGUUUAUGUCCUAUAAAUUAUAUCAAGUGACGAUCUUGUCAAUAAUUAAUUUAGUUUAAUAUAUACAUAGAGACGAAUUGUAAUAUUGUAAAUUAAGUUGCGUAAGUCUGAGAUUGUGCUAUAACCAACCAGUAUUGGGCUAAAGUGCAAUGCACUUUUUACUCUUUGAGGUUUAAAAGGGGGCUUCGGUAAUGAAAUUUAACAGCCAUUUCCCAAACUUAUUAUUGGAUAAAGCAUAUCUAGGAAACGAACUUCACUGUGGAACAAAUAUAGCUAAACUGUCUGUAUAAAUAAUCUAUCGGAGCUGAAAUAUUGGUAAUAAAUAUUUUUUGUUGUAAUGCAUAUUUUCCAUGUCAUAUCUGCAGAUUUUGAGUAGGUAAAUAGAGAAACCAUGCUAACCAUUGGCUAACCUACACAUAUUAUGCCCCUUGUGUGUGUAUUUUUUUAUUAUUUCAAAUAUAUUUCAAGUAUUUACAUUUUACUUUCCUGAUUUUACAUUAAAACAUAUGCGAAGCGCGCAAAUCAAAUUUUUGACGCUCUCACAGGGCUCUCUUUUUUUAAACAUUUUUUUAUAGUUAUCCAUGAAUAAUGUCAUUAAUUUUAUUAUACAGCUCUACCAGAAAUCUCAGACAAUUUAUGUAUAUAUCAGAAAUAUCAGACAGAAUUAAUGUGUUUGUAAAUGUGUUGAAAGUAUUAUUUGUGUUAUAUACGAAUUGUAAUUUAUUUGUAAUUGUAAAUAACUGAUAGUAAUUGUAAUUAUCUAGUUUAAUAUUAAUAAGGAUCUUGUGUAUACAGUAUAGUACAUUUAACCCAUAACUAUUGACUUUAAGGACACAAUAAAUUAUUGUUUCAAUUUA